AACAAAGACCCGCGAGCCUCCGCUGCCCGGAACCGGCCUUGGAACUGCGGCAGAAUCUAAAGCUGCUUGCCCUCCCGCCCUAUGGAGCGGCCCCCGGGGCUGCGGCAGGGCGCGGGCGGGCCCUGGGAGAUGCGAGAGCGGCUUGGCACCGGCGGGUUCGGAAAUGUCUGUCUGUACCAGCAUCGGGAACUUGAUCUCAAAAUAGCUAUUAAGUCUUGCCGACUAGAGCUAAGUACCAAAAACAGAGAACGAUGGUGCCAUGAAAUCCAGAUUAUGAAGAAGUUGAACCAUGCCAAUGUUGUAAAGGCCUGUGAUGUUCCUGAGGAACUGAAUUUUUUGAUUAAUGAUGUGCCUCUUCUAGCAAUGGAAUACUGUUCUGGAGGAGAUCUCCGGAAGCUACUCAACAAACCAGAAAAUUGUUGUGGACUUAAAGAAAGCCAGAUACUUUCUUUACUCAGUGAUAUAGGGUCUGGGAUUAGAUAUUUACAUGAAAAUAAAAUUAUACAUCGAGAUCUAAAACCUGAAAAUAUAGUUCUUCAGGAUGUUGGUGGAAAGAUAGUGCACAAAAUAAUUGAUCUGGGAUAUGCCAAAGAUGUUGAUCAAGGAAGUCUCUGUACAUCUUUUGUGGGAACGCUGCAAUAUCUGGCCCCAGAACUCUUUGAGAAUAAGCCUUAUACAGCCACUGUUGAUUAUUGGAGCUUUGGGACAAUGGUGUUUGAAUGUAUUGCUGGAUAUAGGCCUUUUUUGCAUCAUCUGCAACCAUUUACCUGGCAUGAAAAAAUUAAGAAGAAGGACCCAAAAUGUAUAUUUGCAUGUGAAGAGAUGACAGGAGAAGUUCGGUUUAGUAGCCAUUUACCCCAACCAAACAGCCUUUGUAGUUUGGUGGUAGAACCAAUGGAAAACUGGCUACAGUUGAUGCUGAAUUGGGACCCACAGCAGCGAGGGGGACCUGUUGACCUUACUUUAAAGCAACCAAGAUGUUUUGUAUUAAUGGAUCACAUUCUGAAUUUGAAGAUAGUACACAUCCUAAAUAUGACUUCUGCAAAGAUAAUUUCUUUUCUGUUACCACCUGAUGAAAGUCUUCAUUCACUGCAAUCUCGUAUUGAGCGUGAAACUGGGAUAAAUACUGGUUCUCAGGAACUACUUUCAGAGACAGGAAUUUCUCUGGAUCCCCGGAAACCAGCUUCUCAAUGUGUUCUAGAUGGAGUUAGAGGCUGUGAUAGCUACAUGGUUUAUUUGUUUGAUAAAAGCAAGACUGUAUAUGAAGGGCCAUUUGCUUCUAGAAGUUUGUCUGAUUGUGUAAAUUAUAUUGUACAAGAUAGCAAAAUACAGCUUCCAAUUGUACAGCUACGUAAAGUAUGGGCUGAAGCAGUGCAUUAUGUGUCUGGGCUAAAAGAAGAUUACAGUAGGCUCUUUCAGGGACAAAGAGCAGCAAUGUUAAGUCUUCUUAGGUACAAUGCCAACUUGACAAAAAUGAAGAACACAUUGAUCUCAGCAUCACAGCAACUAAAAGCUAAACUGGAAUUUUUUCACAAAAGCAUUCAGCUUGACCUGGAAAGAUACAGUGAGCAAAUGACUUAUGGUAUAUCUUCAGAAAAAAUGCUAAAAGCUUGGAAAGAAAUGGAAGAAAAGGCCAUCCACUAUGCAGAGGUUGGUGUCAUUGGAUACCUUGAAGAUCAGAUUAUGUCUUUGCACACUGAAAUCAUGGAACUACAGAAGAGCCCCUAUGGAAGACGCCAGGGAGACUUGAUGGAAUCUCUGGAACAGCGUGCCAUUGAUCUGUAUAAGCAGUUGAAGCAUAGACCUGCAGAUCACUCCUACAGUGACAGCACAGAGAUGGUGAAGAUAAUUGUGCAUACUGUUCAGAGUCAAGAUCGUGUUCUCAAGGAGCUGUUUGGCCAUCUAAGCAAGCUUUUGGGCUGUAAGCAGAAGAUUAUUGACCUACUCCCCAAAGUAGAAGCGACCCUCAGUAACAUUAGAGAAGCUGACAGUACUGUCAUGUUCAUGCAGGGAAAGAGGCAGAAAGAAAUAUGGCAUCUCCUUAAAAUUGCCUGUACACAGAGUUCUGCCCGGUCCCUGGUAGGAUCCAGUCUAGAAGGUGCAGUAACUCCUCAGACAUCAGCAUGGCUGCCUCCAACUUUAACUGAACGUGAACAUCCUUUGUCAUGCGUGGUAACUCCUCAAGAUGGGGAGAGUUUAGCACAAAUUAUAGAAGAAAAUUUGAACAGUCUUGGCCGUUUAAGUACUAUUAUUCGUGAAGCAAAUGGGGAACAGGGCAGUAGCAUGAUGAAUCUUGAUUGGAGUUGGUUAACUGAAUGACUUGAAACUUGUUCACUGUUCUCAAACCUAUGGAAGUUGUUGCUGAAAAUGUUGGAAAUUUGUUUUUCCUCAAUGAAACCAUUCUUCACAUACCAGUCAAUGGAAGAAAUGGCUAUACUCAGAAACUACGCAUGGCUUUAGUCUUGAUCUUGAGUAAUUUUAACCUCCAAAAACAGAUAGGAUUCUAUGAAAAGUCAAUGGACUUGUUUAAAUAUUUGUUUCAAUACUGCAACUAUUUAGGAGCAUCAUUAUGGCCCAUAUGUUUUCAAACUUGGUAAAAACAUUACUUACUUACCUGAUUUAAAAUAUCUUCUAAAGUUUUAACUUUUAAGCAUAAGGCCAAAAAUAGUAUUAUAUAUAUAGAAAAAGAAAGUCACUUAGCAUGCAUUUUAAGUAAAUGUUGCCUAUGUUUUUUAUGGAAGAGACUGUUCAUAAGUAAAAUUGUACUUUUUGAAGAAUAAAUCCUACCUCCUUGUGUUGCACUCAGCAAAAACUCUUCCCGGCAUCAUAAGGAGUUGGCUUAAUCCCAUUUUAUUUUUACAACACAUUUAAUAGUAUCCCCUUCUUACAGAAGGGAUUGUGCAUCUGUGCCUUCAAUUCCAGUUGAUUGUCCUAAAUCAUGUGUAUUAUAUAUGUGUAUGUAUUUAAGAUGUACAUUUAAUGUCAAAGAAAGAUGUCUGUUAAUUUAUAAUGUGUUUGAAAGCUUAUAUGUUUUUCAUUUGUUUAAAUAGGUUUUUGUGUCUUGUACAAGUUUCUAAAGAUCUGCAUUCCCUUAACUGUAAUUGUAAUUUCAAAAUCCAAGAAGUUCUGAAAACAAAGUUUUCAUAAGCUUGAUGAAAAAAUUAAUUUUCUUAUAUUUCUAAACUCAUUGUUUAUCCCACUGUGUGUGAAUAUUCAUUUAUUUUACUGCAGAUAUAUUAAUAUGCUUAAUUACUGGGAAAAGGGUUCUACCACAUUUUUAAAGGGUCAAUGUAGUAUGGUAUGUGUACCAAAUUACCUUUUUAAAAAUCUGAAAAUUUUGUAAGUCUGAAAUAUCUGGCCCCAAAGCUUUCCGAUAAUGCAUUGUGGUUCUCUUAUCUUUUGUUAAAUAGCCUAGAAGGUAUUAUUUGUCUAAAAAAUGUGAAAUUUUAUAUUCUAGAUAGUUUUUUCACUUUAUGUAUUAAAUGAUUUUUAAAUUACA